UUCUGCCCACAAAAAGUAAAAAAAAAAAGAAAGAGUCCAUUACUCUCUUUUCCUUCGAGUUCCAAUUUAGAAUUUGGAGCAAAAGAAAAGAAUGGUGGAACCUUCCCCUCCGAAUCCUGUCUACAUGGUCCCAGCAGUUACGCCACCAGGUGCAGGUGAUGGUGAUCCUCUUUUUCUUCCUCUGUCGCCGCCCAGCCCCAGUCCCAAGAGGCCGCCUUGGGUGCGUGUGACAUCAGAGUUUGACAGUGGGAGCCUGAUAUUCUUCCACAAGGUGUCAUGCAAGGUGUUUGACAAUCUCGCAAAGCUGAAGCUUUCCUUCAACAACAAUACGAAGCGGGAGAUCUCCCACCCCCACUUGGCCCUCACUUCCAAGCACUUGUCCGUCCAUUACGAUGUUGAGGAUCAAGAGGCCCUCAUCGAAACCUCCUUCCACGUGGCUCCCCGCUUGCACUUCAAAACUGCUCACUUUCUCAAGGCACAACAAAGUGAGGUGACAAUGGUUGCAAACCUUGCUGAUCCUGGAUAUGCCCUUGAGCUCUCAUCUCCUGUUCCCUAUGUCGGUUUGCCUAGAGCAACAUUUAAAUUUCCUAUUGGUGAAGUUUCAUUGGAGGGGAGAGAGGACGAGGAAGUGAAGAGAACAUUUUCAGUAAAUGGUAUUAUUAAAGGUCAGGUUCUGAAUGGCGUCUGCGCUGCAAAUUACAAGGAUGAGGAGUUGAAAUUAAGAUAUACCUAUAAGGAUGAGGCACUAUCCUUUAUCCCAAGCAUUUCAUUGCCUUCAAAUGCUUUAUCAUUUUCUUUCAAGAGACGUUUCAGUCCAUCUGAUAAGCUGAGCUACUGGUACAAUUUCGAUUCAAACUAUUGGAGUCUUGUCUACAAGCACAAAUACGGGAAAGACUUCCAAUUCAAAGCUGGUUAUGAUUCAGAGGUUCGUGCUGCCUGGGCUUCUCUUUGGGUUGGAGAGGAAGGUGGCAGGGCAAAGACAGCUCCGAUGAAGUUGAAAGUCCAGUUUACUCUCCAAGUGCCUCAAGAUGACAUCAAAUCAUCAGCAUUAAUGUUCCGUGUCAAAAAGAGAUGGGAUAUAUAGUAGUUCUGAGUACAUAUCUGGGACAUCUUUCUCUCCUUUCUCAUACGGGUUCUGUAAGAUAGCAUAAUUCUGGGACACUUGCCAUUGUAAUGAUUUUAUUGCUACAUAAUCAUAUUCUCCCCCUUGGUUUUA